AUGGACGAGUUCUCGUCCCCUUACAUCCAAUUCGAGGGUGGCGCAAAGCCGCGGCCGGCCGGCCUCAGCUCCGGCGGCACCGCACCGCGGGUCAGCGCCAGCGCACAGCCUCCGCCUCCUCCCUCGGCGACGCAUGCCCGCGGCAGCCGGGAGUCGUUGGCCGACGGCGGCGCGCGGCGGCGUGGCGCGUUCGCGCGGGCGUGCAGGUGGUGCUGCGGCAAGCGCGAGCCAGAGGCACGCCACAUCCGUCUCAACGCCACCCGGCCGACGCCGCGGCGGUACGCGAGGAACCUCGUGGUCAACACGAAGUACUCCUUCUUCAGCUUCGUGCCGAAGGUGCUGUACGAGCAGUUUUCGCAGUUUUUCAACCUCUACUUCCUCGUGGUCGCCCUCUCGCAGCUCUUCCCGCCUCUCCAGAUCGGGCUCCUCUUCACCUACAUCGCGCCGCUCGCGUUCGUGCUGGCCGUCACCAUGUGCAAGGAGGGCUUCGACGACUACAAGCGGUACCGCACCGACCGCGAGAUCAACACGGAGCUGUACACCCGCCUCACGCCCGGCGGAGGCGACGUCACCGUCGCCGCGCAAGACAUCUCUGUCGGGCAUGUGCUGCGGGUGCGUGCCAACCAGCGCGUGCCUGCCGACCUGCUGCUGCUGCGCACCAAGGAGUCGUCCGGCAUACUCUUCCUGCGCACGGACCAGCUCGACGGAGAGGAGGAGGCUGGGAGCUGCGCCUCGCGCGGGACCAGCCAGCGGAGGGAGAGCCGUCAGGCUCUCGCCGAGGCGAGCGGCGGCGUGUACGCGCCCGAGCCGACCGCCGACAUCUACGCGUUUGAGGGCGACCCUCGCCCUGGGCCGAAACGGACCUCAGGCCAAGCUCACCUCGCCCCCGCCCCGCCAGGCGACCUCACCCUCUCCGACUCGGAGGGCGACGCCACCGAGCCGCUCUCGCUCGACAACACUCUCUGGGCGGGGACGGUCCUCGCCUCGGGCGAGGCGCUCGCGCUCGUCCUGUACACGGGCACCGACACGCGCGGCGCGAUGAACUCGGCGCCGCCCCGAUCCAAGGCGGGCUCGGCUCUCGCCAAGGAGUGGUGGUGGUGGUGCGAGGCACGGCCGAUCCUUCUCAGAGACGAGCGUCACCCGCAGGCGCUGCUCGACUUUUGCCGCUUCCUGCUCCUCUUCUCCUCCAUCAUCCCGAUCUCCCUGCGCGUCGCGCUCGACAUGGCCGAGCUCUCGCACCGCCGCAGAGGCCCCUCGCUCACGACCGAGAGCAGCCGCCGGCAGGUCCGCUCCUCCACGCUGCCCGAGGAGCUCGGCGGCAUCGACUUCCUCCUCACCGACAAGACGGGCACCCUCACGCGCAACGAGAUGCUCUUCCGCAAGCUCCACCUCGGCUUCGCCUUCCUCUCGCCCCAGGCGAGGGGCGGCCCUCGCACCACGGAUACACAACAACGCUUCGGGCGCACCUCGGGCGCACCUCGGGCGCACCUCGGGCGCACCUCGGGCGCACAAGCUCGGGCCAGGCCCGGCCUCCCGCUUGCUUCCCCACAUCGCCCCUUCCCGCCGCAGACGCUCGGGGAGGCGCAGGCCGCGGGCGCCUCGCCGGACGAGCUCUCGCUCGUCGUCUUCGCGGCGCGCUGCGGGCUGGUGCUGCACGAGCGGACUCCGACUCGCAUCGUGGUGCACGAGCCGUCGGGCCGGCUGCGCGGCUUCGAGCUGCUCGGCGAGAUGCCCUUCUCGUCCGAGCUCAAGCGGAUGGGAGUGCUGCUGCGCGACGAGUCGACGGGCGCCAUCCAGUUCCUCGCUAAGGGGGCCGAGUCGGUGAUGGCCGAGCGGGUGGCCUCUUCGGACUGGAUGGAGGAGGAGGUCGGCAACCUGGCGCGGGAGGGGCUGCGCACGCUCGUCGUGGCGGCGCGCGGCCUGUCGGCUCCUCCUCUCGCCGCCGAGGAGACUACCGCGGUACGGGGGCGUCUCGCUCGGGCGGGGCGCGCCGAGGCGACCCGCGCGGCGUGGGAGAUGCUGCAGGAGGACAUGCGGCUGCUCUGCGUGACGGCCGUCGAGGACCGGCUGCAGGCGAGUCUCGGCACACCUCGGCUGAUCGCUGCGACCUCUGCUGCUCCGCGUGACGGCCCGAGGGUGCGGACGUGGAUGCUGACGGGGGACAAGCUCGAGACGGCGUGGGUCAUCGCGCAGAACGCGUCGCUCGUCACGCGGCGGCAGCGCAUGUACCAGGUCGCCGUCCGCUCGUCGGGCGACGAGAAGGAGAGGCGGCGCGAGGCGCGGCAGGCGCUGCAGGGUUACCCGCAGGGCAAGUUCAACGCGCCGUGCCUCGUCCUCGACGGCGCCGCCCUCUCGCUCUGCGUCUCGCACCACCAGCAGCUCUUCAUGGAGGUUGCUUGCGCCGCGCCCGCCGUCAUCUGCUGCCGCUGCACCCCCACCCAAAAGGCGGAGAUCGUGCAGCUGAUCCGGAUGACGCAGCCAAAGGCGUGCACCGCCGCCAUCGGCGACGGCGGCAACGACGUCGGCAUGAUCCAGGCGGCGCACGUCGGCAUCGGCAUCCAGGGGCGCGAGGGGCGGCAGGCGGCGCUCGCCGCCGACUUUUCGCUGCAGCAGUUCUCGCACCUGGGGAGGCUGGUGCUGUGGCACGGCCGCAACUGCUACAUGCGCUCGGCGACGCUGUCGCAGUUUGUGAUCCACCGCGGGCUGAUCAUCUCCGUCAUCCAGGCGGUCUUCUCGUCGCUCUUUUACUUUGCGCCCGUCGCGCUGUACAACGGCGUCCUCGUCGCCGGCUACGCCACCAUCUUCACGUACGGGCCCCUCUUCUCGCUCGUGCUUGACGAGGACGUCUCCGAGCCGAACGCGCUCAAGUUCCCCGAGCUGUACCGCGAGCUGCAGAAGCGGCGCCACCUCCCCAGCGAGGCCCUCCUCCUCGACCUCGGGGCCUCUCGGACCUUCCUCGUGUGGACGUGGAAGGCCGUCUACCAGGGGUGCGUCAUCAUGCUGGGCGGGAUCGUCCUCUUCGAGCAGCGCUUCGUGCACGUGGUGGGCAUCACCUUCACCGCCCUCAUCCUCACCGAGCUGCUCAUGGUCGCGGUCGAGGUCAAGCGCUGGCACCCGCUCAUGCUGCUCGCGCAGCUGCUCACGCUCCUCGUCUACCUCGCCUGCAUCGUCGCCCUCUCCUCGCCCGACUUUGCGGGCGGCACCAUGGCCAUCUUCGACCUGCGUUUCAUGCUCUCCGUUCCCUUCGCCUUCCGCGUCACCAUCCUCACCGCCGCGUCGACGCUCCCCAUCUGGUGCGGGAAGGCGUGCUCGCACUACUGCUCCCCGCGCGUGGUGAGCAAGCUGUCGUGA